GCUGGUUCACUGCUUUGCCCUUUUGAGUGUCCAUGUUUGGAUGGGCUUGAAAAUGCAAUGAAAUUGUUAAGAUUGUGUUUGUGUUGCACCUCAGUAUGCAACCUGGGGUUUGCAAAGUUCCCUAGAUUUAAUGUCAUUCAGCAUUUUGAGAGAUUUUCCAAAAAUGGCAAUAAAAUGAUAUCAAUGAUUAUGAUGAUGGAUUCACCCAGGAUCAGCCAUUUGUAGGACUCCUCGUGUAAGCCGUUCUUGAUCUUCUCCCCAGAAAUCUGGACAAGCCUCAUUCUUCUGACUCUAUAUUUUCUUGUUUUGAAUUAAAGAUUCAGUCCGUAUUUAGCUUUGGUUACAUUUUCGGUCCAAAGAAUGCUUUCUGGACUGUCGAUAUGAAGAAAUAUUCAUCUUCUUCCCCCAGAGGAUAUAUUGGACUAAAAUGUGAGAUCAGACUGGAUAUACAGGCAGGCAAUUAGCUAGACUUAUUUUUUUACUGAUCAUAUUAUUGAAUGGAAUAUGUAGAGAUGUGUCUUCCCAAAGCUUUUCCAGUCUGAAUGGAAAUUUGAUUAAGGUUGCCAGACAAAUUCACAUGUUUAGCAAAUGAGUACUACUAAAUGAAAGUGUGGGGCAUCAGAUGCUUUCAAGGAUCGAGUUUCAGCACUUUUGUUAAUGUUUUUUUUUUUAAUUAUUAUUAUUUUUUAUACAGGAUAGAAGCUAAUUCAGCAGGCCUUUGAUGAAUGCAUAUCUUGCUUCAAAGCGAAACUGAGAUAUCCACGUUCGCAACUCUUGAUUAAGCAGGAAGGACUUGGAAGCCACAUGGCAGGCCACACUGGAAGCUAGAUUUUGCUGAAGGAAAGAGAGAGAGAAAGAGAUCUUCUGGAGCAAGCGACGCACCCUUCGCUCAGACAGCCCUAACAAUUCACUUCGAGCUUCUCGGCUUGUCGUUUCUGGUUUUGAUGGGCCCGGACCUCUCAGGGUUGCUUAGGUGUUGGGGGACUCUUAUUAUGAAGUGGCUCCCCUUGUGGUGAGAGAGGGAAAGAGAAAGAAGGACCGACCUUUGUUGAGAGUGCAGCUCCAACGAAAGGCAGCCAUUUUCUGUGUCCUGUGGAAGGCAGCCAGCGUGGCUGCCAAUCAGAUGAAGAGGUUCUGGGGAGCAAAGGCAUGACUGGGGGAGGGGCAGCCAGGGGAAGAGCCUGGAUUUUGCUGUAAUUACUGCACCUUCUGACCUCUUUCCUUUGAGCAUGGCUGAUGAAAAAUCACUACAGUAGAUGUUGAAGGCUGGCAAGUGAGUGAGUGAGAGUAUGCUAGUCCAUUCAUUCCUUCUCUGCUGAAUGGUCCUGGAUCAAUCAAUGGACUCUGAGAGUAUAGAUAUGUUCGUGCCAUUUUGACUGCCACCCUACAGGGAACAAGCCCUGCUCUGUGUUAAGCAGACCGGCUAGGGCAUAAUCAUUUCUGAGCCAUGACACUUCAGAUUGCUUUGCUUCUUGUGCAUUAGAUCUCUUCUCGUUUUUUGUAUUUUAAUUUUUUUUUAAGUUGUUCAUGAACGGCAGAGUUCAGCGUCACUGCAUCCCAGCAGGACAUUAGUGCUCUUUGUUCACUGGUAUAUUGAUGCCAUUUGCUCUACGUGUUUCUCAUUGUUUAGAGAUAUUCACACUGAGGCAUCAAGAGGUUCAGUGCUGUUGGAUUGGUUUUUUUUUCUUUCCUUUUUUUUUUCAUUUUCAAAGAUUUUUAGUUCACAGCACAUUUAAAAGAAAAGAUCAGAUUUUCUGGUCAAAGGUCCUGCAUGUUGCUUAUGGGGAGGGGAAAAAAAUAAGCUAUUUGUUGUAGUAGUGCAGGUUUUGUCAUUUUGUGCAUUCAGGGCUUUGGGCAGGAACCAAACCAGCUCUGGAGACGAGGCACUUCCUCAGUGCAGGGUUGGCUAAGCAGCUGGGACUCUCUACAGUAAAUGGGCCAGAAGCCAAAUGCAAUUAUUCAAUACAACAGGGGUAACUGGGAAAAAAAACUAGGGAGUGUGUGUGAGGAAGGUACGAUGAAAGCGAGAGAAAGCUGAACGACGCUAAUGGCUUUGCUUUGAGGAUCAGGUUUUAGAAACGCAUCUUCACUUUGUGUCCUCGCAUGUUUCAGAAGAAAACACAAAGGAACCAAGUUAAUCUCGCAUCGGCAACAUGUCUCUUUCCUGUUUUUUUUUUUUUCCGUUUACAUGGAAUUGGGACUGAUGUUCUUGAUAAAUUCUCUCGGGGUUGUACCUCUCGUGGUCAUUUGCACUCAGUAUAUUUUUUAAUAACCUAGCUACAAAAGGCUUCACUAUUCUAAUAGAGUGUUUGCCAGCCAAUCUAAGCCCCUGUUGUGGUGGUGUGUUGUUGAGACGCAUUCCCUAAGGAUGAGCAAGUGACUCCAUGUUUUUCCUCACGCAGACUGAAAAAAUAACCCGCGCUGGAAAUGUAGACGAUGAGCUAAUCAGUUUUGGUUUCUACUGUAUAUUGGAUGAAAAAUUAAUUUUGAGCAUCUUGCUUUGAAAUCGCGAAUGGUCAUGGUUGCUGCAAAACAGCUAAAUUUGAUACCAUCCUGCUGGUUUGGUCAAAGAGAUCCCAAGGAAGAGUGAACCAAUGAAGACUGACAGUAUGAAAGACUCUCACAAUGAAGCAGAAGAAGGGCUCGAGGAGCCCUUAGUGAAGCAAGUGGAACCAUCCAAAACAGCAGAAGAGCUGAAUGGGACUUUAAAGAGCACAGAACUUGACAAAACUCAGCAGGACCUUGAUGUCCAGAAGUCAUCCACCCCGUCACAUGCCAUGGAGAAUGGACUUUCGGAUACUGAUCCUCCUCACGGCUCCACAGUGGGCAGUAAUGGAUAUAUUCUCAGUAAGGCCCAGGACAACUCACCGGCUACCCAACACAGGACUAACUGGUCCCCUAAGGGAUCUUCGGCCGUAGGGUACGCAACUAAAACACUCUCACUUUCAGCUACAUCCCAAACCCUGGGCCAGGAAGCUUUAAGGACUAACACAAGCACAGGGCCCAGUCUGUCAGAGGGGCCCGUGGAAAACGAGACUAAAAAUGGCACUGCUGCUAACACGACUCCACGUGUCACAGUACACAGAGCACGCAAGACCAUGUCCAGGCCAGCAUCGAAUCACGCACUAAAGGUUUUAAACAGGGAAAUAAAAGAGCCAAGCGUGGUGAAAGGUGAGACCGUGGACAGAUCAGAAGCUCAAGCUUCUGUGCAGGCUCCUCCCACUCAGAACCAGCUACCUCAGAAGCAAACCGAUGCCACACCAGCACCAAUCGCCACCCCAGCCAAGCCACAUACAGCGUCUGUGUUGAGGAAGAAGAAGCGAAAGAUGGGAACUUACAGCCUUGUUCCCAAGAAGAAGACCAAAGUGCUAAAGCAGCGCACUGUGCUGGAGAUGUUCCAGCGUGUGCCCCAGUCUCCACCCACUCUGCAGCCAAAAGAGGCCAUACAGGUGAACGGGGAUCGAGCGGAAAACGAGUCUGACGAAUCGGAGUCUGAUGAUGAUUCUGAAGAUGAAGAAGAGAUGGCUGGAAAAGAAAUGACUGAAGCAUGUCAGGAGGACAGCAGAUUGGCUUCAAUCCCUCAGCUUGGAGAAGAGCAUGAGUCUGAAGAGACCGCUGAAGAGGAAGGGGAAGAAGAGCAAGAUGAGUCAGACUUGAGUUCUGAGUCCAGCUUAAAGAAGAAGAUGAAAAAGAAGGCCAAAGCAGACAGCCCUUGGCUCCGGCCUGCCAGAAAACGUAAAAAGAAGCUGAAGACAAAGUCCAUGGAAAUUUCAGGUAUGAAUGCCCAGACUCAGUUAGAGAUUCCAGACCAGACUCCUACCCCUGUCCCUGCCACUGCUGACCCGGACAAAGAGUACACCGAGGUUCCAUUAGAGUCACUUAACCUGGAAGCCCAGGAUGCCUGGCUGAACACUGAAAGCACGGAAGCCUCUAGCACCACACAGAGUUCAGCGAUCGACAUGGUGCAGGAGCUUCCGCUUUGCAGCUGCCGCAUCGAGACCCCCAAGAGCCGCGAGAUCCUCACUCUAGCUGACAGGAAGUGCAUGGCAACCGAGAGUGUGGAUGGACAGCUGAGUCGGUGUCAAAGCGCGGUUCUGAAGCACGAGAUGAUGAGGCCGUCGAACUCCGUGCAGCUGCUGGUGCUGUGUGAGGAGCACCGCACAGGAAUGAUCAAACAUCAGUGCUGCCCUGGCUGUGGCUUCUUCUGUAGGGCGGGAACCUUUCUGGAGUGCCAGCCAGAAGUGAACAUCACUCACCGCUUUCAUCGGCACUGCGCGUCAGUACUGAAAGGUCAGAGCUUCUGUCCACACUGCGGCGAGGAAGUCAGCAAGGCUAAAGAAGUCACCAUUGCCAAAGCAGACACCACGUCUACAGUGCCCCGGAGCCAGAGCCCCGGCACCGUACCCACUUCAGAGGGCAAGGCUGACACCACCACAGGAGGGGCACAUCGUCUCUCAAUAUCAGGAGAAGGGAGAGCAGACAGCACUUUAUCCAGACCUUCUGAGACUGAAAAUGGAUCACUUGCCGAGGAAGCCAGCAGGCCAGAGCAAGUGGGUGCAGGAACAGUGGCUGGACCCCUGGUAGCACCUCCUAAGGAGACUCUGGAAACCAUUUUAUUGGCACUGGAUGCAGAGAAGCCAAAGAAGCUUCGCUUUCACCCAAAACAGCUUUAUAUCUCUGCUAAGCAGGGGGAGCUGCAGAAAGUCUUAAUGAUGCUUGUGGAGGGAAUUGACCCAAACUUCAAGAUGGACAGCCAGAGCAAACGUACGCCUCUCCAUGUAGCAGCUGAGGCUGGACACCAGGAGGUCUGCCAUAUGUUGAUCCAGGCUGGUGCAAACCUGGACAUAUGUGAUGAGGACCAACGGACUCCUUUGAUGGAGGCCUGUGAAAACAAUCAGCUGGAUACAGUCCGCUACCUGCUAAGAGCUGGAGCCAUCGUUUCCAACAAGGAUGCGGAGGGGUCCACGUGUCUCCACCUUGCUGCUAAAGCCGGCCAUUUUAAUAUCGUAAAACACUUGCUGUUUACAGGCAUUAUCGACAUUAACUGUCAGGAUGACGGGGGCUGGACAGCAAUGAUUUGGGCGACGGAGUACAAACACGUCGAACUGGUCAAGCUGCUGUUAUCUAAAAGUGCCGAUCCCAACAUCAGAGAUAAGGAGGAGAAUAUCUGUUUGCACUGGGCAGCGUUCUCUGGCUGUGUAGAGAUAGCUGAUGUCCUUCUGAAUGCCAAGUGUGAUCUUAACACCGUUAACGUGCACGGAGACUCACCUUUGCACAUCGCAUCGCGAGAAAACCGAUUGGAUUGUGUCACGCUGUUUCUGUUACGGGGGGCUGACGUAAACCUCAAGAACAGGGAAGGAGACUCGCCACUAGAAUGCUGCAGCCAGAACUCGAAGGUGUGGAGCGCUCUGCAUGCCAACAAGAGACAGAAGGAGGCGAGCAGUGAAGGACGCACCUCUGGAGAGAAGCUCCUCAACAGGGACAUAUCUCGAGGUUAUGAGAAAGUACCUGUGCCCUGUGUGAACGCUGUGGACAGUGAACCCUGCCCAAAUGACUACAAAUACGUGCCCGAUAGCUGCGUCACCUCCCCCAUGAACAUAGACAAAAACAUCACUCACUUACAGUAUUGCGUCUGUAAAGACGACUGCUCCUCGGCCAGCUGCAUGUGCGGUCAGCUCAGCCUGCGCUGCUGGUAUGACAAGGAAAGCCGUCUGCUGCCAGAGUUCUGCUCCGAAGAGCCGCCGUUCAUUUUCGAGUGCAACCAUGCCUGUUCCUGCUGGAGAAACUGCAAGAACCGGGUUGUCCAAAACGGACUAAGGAUUCGACUGCAGCUGUUCAGGACUCAAAAAAUGGGCUGGGGUGUUCGGACGUUACAGGACAUCCCUCAAGGAACCUUCGUCUGCGAGUACGUCGGGGAAAUCAUCUCAGACGCAGAAGCAGAUGUCAGGGAGAUUGAUUCCUACCUGUUCAGCCUCGACAGCAAGGUUGGCGAUAUGUAUUGUAUAGACGCCCGUUUCUAUGGCAACAUCAGCCGCUUCAUAAACCACCACUGCGAGCCGAACCUGUUCCCCUGCCGAGUGUUCACCUCCCACCAGGACCUGCGUUUCCCGCACAUCGCGUUCUUCGCCAGCAAGAACAUCAGUGCCGGAGACGAGCUAGGGUUUGAUUACGGUGAUCAUUUCUGGGACGUUAAGGGCAAACUGUUCAGCUGCCAGUGCGGCUCAUCUCGGUGUAAACACUCGGCGGCGGCGAUCGCUCAGCGUCAGCCGGACAGCACGCCAGGAGAACAGCAGGCCACCACCCUCCCAGAUACCAGCUCUUCUACUACACCAUCCAGCCCCACCUGAGCCUCGUCCUGCUCUUUUCCUCCAUCUACCAGCCAUCACCAGCGAGCACACACCUAAUCAGGGGAAUCCUAGCAAAAAGGCUGCCUGGACCACCGGCCUUUUUGGCUACAGCGCUCUUGGUUGAACUCGUUGUUGGACUGCAGAUGAGGAGUUAUGCACAUGUACAGAUAUCUCAUGUUCGCGGAGGAUAGAAUCUGACUACGGUGCCUCUAGCGUGUUGGCUCUCAGAAAACCGAGGACGACCUCAAGCCCCUGCAGGACUAUGCAUCAAUCGGUGUCCUUUUAAAGAAAACGCCGAAGAUGAUGUUUUAAUGUUUCCAACAUCCACGCACAAUAUAAAAGCCGCGACGCGUAUACUUUUUCUCGGCCACAGAUUCUCACACGCGAGAUGCACUCGCACACCUUCGUUUCUCAAGGACUUCUUUGUUCGGCAAGAACUGUAUCGUGAAGCUUUCGAAAUGAGAUUGUUGAUGAUCGGAAUUUUUUUUUCUUUUAAUUUUCCCCAAAUAUUUGUAUUUUCAGAUAAAAAGAAAAGAUCUGGAUGUAUGAGAAACAUACAAAUUUUUUUAUUAAUUUUUAAACGUUUCCAGAUAUUACGAGCAUCUGUUUGUGUGGAUAAAUUCUCAUCGGUGCUGGACGUUAUUUAUUUGCCAGUGUUUGUCGAUCAAUUCCCAUCUGACAGGACGUUUUCUCAUAAUCCUGCUCCGACCAUUAAAGGGACCGUGAGCCUCAGAGACAAACUGCCCACUUCGAGCUCCUGGCUCCUGCAUGUUACUGAUUAAAUCAGGAAAAAAAAAAAGCUUCUUACACUGUUUCAUUGCUGUGAAACUGUAAACCGCUCACGAGAAGACUGAUCGUCUCGCUUUAUGACCCUUCAGGAGCGGACGAACUCAUCUCAACAGCGAUGGUCUUUAAUUCGUGAUCAUGUCCAAAACUUUUGCCAUUUAAGGCCAUAUGUAGUCGAAUAGGAAUUUCGGUUAGGGAAUUUGUGGUUAUUCAAUACUGCAAAUGGUGCUGAACAAAAAGAUUUUGUUUGUUUUUAUUUUUUUAUAGCUCAAUGUGCGAAUACACAUUCUGAAAUAAGAUUAACCAUUUUUUUUCCUGUUCAUUUUUUUUUUUAAUACAUUUACCUCCAGUUUUCUUACUGUAGAUGACAUUGUUGGCAUGUACCCAUUUUGUUAAAUUUAAUGAUUUCUUGUUGAUGGUGAAGCUAUGUUUGUUUUUGUUUUUAAAUGUUAAUAGUAUAGUCACAAUUAUUGUGCCCAUUCUGCCAUGUAGAUCCAAAUCACUGCAAAAUGGUAAGAAAAAAAAUGCUACAUUUUUUCUCAUUAGAGACACAGUUGUGGUUGUAAAUAUUUUUUUCUCCAAUAAAUUUACUUCUAAUAAAAGAA